UUUCAACUUCUUCCCGUCGCUUCCUAUCUUUUUUUCUGUUUUUUAAACAGCUACCCUUGUCAUAAACCAUGCUCUUGUCCCGCACCGCCGCCAACGCCUUCAAACUCUCUGCCAUGUCUGCUGCCAAGUCUAACGCGGCUCGCUCCAUUACCACCGCCACCCCCACCAUUACCCAAGCCUUCAAUGCCCAGAAGAAGGCCAACGGCAACUACACCGUGACACUUAUUCCUGGUGACGGUAUCGGUCCUGAGAUUGCCCAGUCGGUCAAGAACAUUUUUGCUGCUGCCAACACACCUAUUGACUGGGAGGAAGUGGACGUCACCCCCAUCAUCAAGGACGGCAAGACUGCUAUUCCUGACGAAGCUAUCCAGAGCGUCCGUGCCAGCACCGUUGCUCUCAAGGGUCCCCUCGCUACACCCAUUGGCAAGGGUCACGUUUCCCUCAACUUGACGCUCCGCCGUACCUUCAACCUCUAUGCCAACGUCCGUCCUUGCCGUUCGGUCGAGGGCUUCAAGACCCCUUAUGAGAACGUCAACACUGUCCUCAUCCGUGAAAACACUGAGGGUGAAUACUCUGGCAUUGAACACGAGGUCGUCAAUGGCGUCGUUCAGUCCAUCAAGUUAAUCACCAAGGAUGCUUCUGAGCGUGUCGCUCGUUAUGCUUUCACCUACGCCGAGUCGGUUGGCAGAGACCAUGUCACUGCCGUCCACAAGGCUAACAUCAUGAAAUUAUCCGAUGGUCUUUUCUUGGAUGUCUGCCGACAAGUCUCCAAGGAGUUCCCUAACAUCAAGUUCGAUGAAGUCCUUUUGGACCGUGCCUGUCUCCACAUUGUCGCUGAUCCCGCCAUCUACGCUGAUACCGUCAUGGUCAUGCCUAACUUGUAUGGUGACAUUUUGUCUGAUAUGUGCGCCGGUUUGAUCGGUGGUCUUGGCUUGACUCCUUCCGGUAACAUUGGCCGUGACGCCUCCAUCUUCGAGGCUGUCCACGGUACCGCCCCUGAUAUUGCUGGUCAAGAUAAGGCCAACCCCACCGCCUUGCUUUUGUCGGGUAUCAUGAUGUUGAGACACAUGCGCUUGAACGAGCAAGCCAGCAACAUUGAACAGGCUGUCUUCAAGACCAUCGCUGAGGGCAAGGCCCUUACUGCUGACUUGGGCGGUCGCUCCACCAACACCCAGUACACCAACGCUGUCAUCCAGAACUUGAAGGUCUAAAAAAAACAUUUUUCCAAUCCCACAAACACCUCCUUAACGAUUUCCCACACAUUUUCCUUUCUUUCUUUAUCAUAUGUAUAGAACUUUAUAACGAAAAAAACCUUGCCCUCACGAGAGAGGAGAAUAAAAUGCAUUUGUAAACAUGUCCAUAUAAACAUAA